CCGCGAGCAUCUGAAGUCUUCCACACCAUCCGCCGCAUCGUGGGGGUUCACCGAUGGCUUAUCGUCAAAUCGAAGCCGUUGCCACCAAGACGUAACAUGGCGAGGCAUGGGCACGGUAGGACGCCUAAGGGCUCCUACGAGCAUUGCUGGCGGCGAGGGAGAUGGCUGCAUCCAAUCUUAACCCUGAUGGUGGAAGCCAGCUCGAUUUAACAUUGUCUCACACCCCAAUAUAUCCAUCCCACUGCUACGGCCAUUUCCUUGUGAUUCAACAUCGCAGGCUUCUUUUGUCCACUAUCUCUGGAGGUUCUGAUUCCCGUUCCUCACCCUAAGCUCUCUCAGCCGGAAUCUUGCGAUGGAUUCGCCCAGUAGCAGUACUGGGCCGCAGCCCAUCUCUAACAGUAGAACCGAGGGGCGCCGCCAUUCGAUUUUACCCGACUUUCUCUCCGAAAGUCUCCCGAUACCCCCAUCCUUCUUGGGGACAUCGCCCAUUAUCAGGGAGAUCUUGAGUCAAGACAUUGCCGAGUGCUCUUCCGACGACGAGGACGAGCAUGCUGGCGCCUCAGACGCCGAGUCAAUAUCCGGCCAGGCAGACGCAAAGCUGGCCUUCCACCCCAAUGGCAUUGUUUAUGGCACCGGUUAUUCCUUUGUCCCGAUCCAGGGGAUGGACAAGCCAGUUCCCAACCCGCACGAGGUUGAGGAGUCUCUCCAUGCCGAGCUCUCUCUGCUACGAGACAAUGCCAUACUUCCCCCGAAGCACCACAAACCACGGCCGACCCACGUCUUCGCUCGUCUCUACCGGCGUAUCUUCAGUACCAAAGUCAAGGACCACGAGGGGCCCAUUUUCCCGGAUAUCGCUGUCGAGACAACACCGUUGCUGCAUGAAAUGGCGGCUGAGUUUGAGCCUCUACCAACUCCAGCGCCGGACGAGAUAGAAAGGCGCUUCGAAUUCGCCGUUGCACAUCAUGAGAUCACGACGACCUGGCAGCGUGAGGCUAAGACGCUCAUCCAAUACUCAAUGCCUCUUAUCGCCACCUUUUUGAUGCAUUACUCUGUCACGAUUGGAAGUGUUCUCACAGUGGGCAGGCUGGGCUUGGUCGAGCUCGCUGCCGUCAACCUGGCAACCAUGACCGCCAGCAUCACAUGCUACGUCCCUGUACAGGGUCUGGCGACCUGUUUGGACACUCUCUGUGCCCAAGCGUACGGAUCCGGCCACAAGCACCUCGUGGGACUUCAAGCUCAACGCAUGACAUGGCUUCUAUUCAUCCUCAUGGCGCCCAUCGCAAUGGUGUGGUGGUUCUCCGAGCCCAUCCUCGCCGCCCUCGUCCCCAGCAAGGAGACGGCAUCUCAAGCUGCCACCUUUCUACGCGUCCUUAUCGCAGGCAUGCCCGGAGUUGCCAUGCUGGAGAGCGGCAAGCGGUUCGUGCAGUCCCAGGGUCUGUUUAAGGCCACGACCUACGCCCUGAUGAUCGGGGCGCCCUUGAGUUUCUUGCAGAACUGGCUUUUUGUCUUCAAGUUUGGCUGGGGAUUUGUUGGAGCGGCCGCAGCCAUGGCAAUUACACAGAACCUAUUGCCCCUGUUGUUGGUCCUGUAUGUCUGGCUGAUCGACGGUUCUCAGUGUUGGAAUGGGUUCAAUUGGAAGGCUUUCAAAAACUGGGGACCGAUGAUGAAGCUGGCACUGCCUGGCAUGAUCAUGAUCGAGGCUCAGUUUUCCGUCUUGGAAGUGCUCACCCUGUCCGCGAGUCAGUUCGGCACGUCCCAGCUGGCGGCCCAGAGCAUUCUCGUUACAGUAACCUCGACCUCGUUCAACAUUCCGUUUCCGUUGGCAAUAGCAACCUCGACACGAGUAGCCAACCUCAUUGGAGCAAAUCUCAGCUCGGCAGCUAGGGUCACUGCCAAAGUGUCCAUCAUUGCCGCGUGCAUGGUGGGUUGCCUCAAUCUAAUCCUGUUUUCGACACUUCGCACACAGUUACCGAGAAUCUUCACAGACGUCGACGACGUCAUCCAGAUCGCCUCCCAGGCCCUUCUCGUCUGUGGCGUGAUGCAGGUGUUUGACGCCAUAGCGGCCGUGGCCCACGGUCUUCUGCGAGGAAUCGGCCAGCAGGCUAUCGGCAGCUACGCCAACCUCUUCUCCUACUACCUCGUCGCCCUCCCCAUCUCGCUGUCAACGGCGUUCGCCCUGGGCUGGAAACUUACAGGCCUUUGGAUGGGUAUCACCGUCGGGCUUCUCUGUGUCUCGGUAAUCGAACUUGUUUACCUGUACAAGACUGACUGGGAGGUUGCGGCGGCGCAGGCUGCUGAGAGGUUAAAAUCUGAGGACGUUGCAGUGGAGGCGAAGUCAAGAAGGCCUUCGCAUGGUGUUUAGCGCGUGUGUUUAUGGGUGGAGUAACUGAAAGCGAAGCCAAUGCCAAUGCUUGCUGACGAAGAGAACGGGAGGAGGAGGCAAAUCAGAUGCUGGCCAUGUCCACGUUUUCCGGAGCCUUGCUGAUUUAAAAUCAGGGGCUGCAGCUAAGUAAGGUUGAUCCUUGGGACCUGAUUGGCCUCUCAUGGCGUUAUACCGUACGGAGUGGGUGGACAUGUUGGAGGGAAGGGAUAAGAUACAACUAUGGUGCCAACAUCUCAAGCUGAACUUACC